AUGUCGCCAACUCCGCAGUUCUCAGUUCCCAAAGUUGGGGGCAUUGUCAAUGUCAUUCCCGUCGGCCUUAAAGAAGCUGCGCUCGAUUCUCCCUCUUUCCGCUCUUCGGCCGUACAUUUCUGCGACCAACUUGACUACGUUGAGAAAUGGCUGGAAGGCUACGUCAAAGCUACCGGAAAGCUAACAUCGGAGGUGUCUUCAUUGGAAGCCAUCACGAGCUCUUUCAUAUCCUAUGCCAACUCUCCAUUGAAUGUUUCCGAAGCCGUGCUGGACCAUGACUAUGCUAUGCUUGCAAUGAAGAGAUACGGAGAAACCUCAAGAGGCCUGACUAACGUAAAGUGGUUACAGGAAACACGCCGUAUUCUUGACCAGACUCAGAAGCAGUACGAUCACCUGCAGUCCAGAUAUUCUUCCCAAACCAAAUCAAAAGAGCCAUCCUCUCUCCGAGAAGAUGCAUUUCAGCUCCACGAGGCAAGGAAAGCCUAUCUGAAGGCCUCUAUGGACUUCUGUAUACAAUAUCCACAGUUAAAGGUGACAUUAGAGAAGCUGCUUGUUCAAGUAUCCUUUGGUCAGUGGCGGGAGUUCAAAGUUGCACGCGAUAAUAGCAUGCUACUUUUUGCGAAGCAUGGUAAAGAGAUGGAUCGCAUCAAGGGCUGGACCCAUGAGAUGGAAAUAAGUGAAAAGUCCUCACGUCGUGAAAUCAUAGCGGCAAGGAAACAGAUCGAGGAUUCCGCCGAAUACGCCGCUCGGCCAUCUCGCGAAUUGGAGGAUUAUUCGGUUUCCACAGUUCCGUUUCUCGGUUCCCAAGGAGCUGCUUCCCUAAGCAAAAUGGCAAAGGACCAUAAAUUUUCGCCCGAAAAACAGGGCUGGCUUAGCCUAAGGAUACUCACGGGCAAGCCUACGAGGACUGUUUGGGCGCGACGCUGGGCGUUCUUGAAAAACGGGAUAUUUGGCUGUCUGGUGCAAGGUUCCCGAACCGGAGGGGUAGAAGAGAGCGAAAGAAUUGGCGUGCUCUUAUGCAGUAUCCGGCCAGCGUUUCAAGAAGAACGCCGAUUUUGUUUCGAAGUGAAGACAAAAAGCAACACUAUAAUGUUGCAGGCAGAAACACAGAAGGAGCUUACUGAGUGGAUUGGAUCGUUUGAGGCUGCGAAACGAAAGGCCCUGGAGAAUCCAAGCCAAGAAUUUCUUCCUUCAGCUAAAGUUCCCGCUCAGGAUCCAGCAUUUGCUAUAUCCCAGCCCCCAGCUCCAGAAUUUACCGCGGAUAUUUCUGAAUCGUUGACGCCCAAUGCUAACGAAGAGCAUACGGGGUCUGAACGGAGUGCCACAUUACCUGUUGACCGAGAUGGUUUGGGCGUUCGUAACAGCGGCGAUUUUACACACUCACGCCGUUCGACCGCUUUUGAUAGAGAGGGAGAUGGUGGCCGUGACCAUACUCCUAGGAUUAUACAAAAACUAGAUAUUAGGAAAGGAAAUUCGGCCUCUCAUACUGGGAGCGCGUCUCCCCAAUCAGGCUCUGGGAUUUCCAGUUUAAUAUCAGCGAGCCACCACUUGCUGCCUUCGAUGUCGACCAGCAAUGUCGAGACUGAAAGCAGCAAAAGUAAAUCCAUGGGUCCAACGCCCUUUCGCGACAUCCCUACGACUACCCUUGCUCCACCCACCCUUGUCAGCCCACCGAACCCAACAAACAUGAGUAGAGCUGCAGUAUCUGUUAGUGUUGAAAGAGGCAUUGGCGUCGGCCUCGCGGAUAGCACAGGAAAUGUGCCUAGCGGUAUGAUGGCGAAUCUAUGGGGAAGCUCAAACUGGGCAUUGGUCAACAAAUUAGAACGAGAGGCCUCGCAGAAACUGGCAAACGGGAUAGACGAAUAUAAGUCUUAUAACGGAUCGUCAAAUGAUCCUUCGACACCAACAGGCCAUUCUCCCGUCAGCCGUCACAGGCAAACAGUUAGCCUCGGGGGGGCCGAUGCCCUCCAACAAAAACCGCAGCCAAGGCAUCACGAGUAUCCCAAUUACUAUCCGUCUUUGUUAAAACCUCAGGAUGCCCAGUUUCGCCUUUUAUUUCCAGAAGUGGCUGGAGACGAACCUCUUGUUCUUGUAUUUCGAGCAACCUUCAGUCCCAAUGACCAGCACGAUUUCCCUGGGCGUGUAUACGCCACAACAAAAAGCCUUUAUUUUUAUAGCAGCUACUUCGGUUUGGUUUUAACAUCAUCUGCAAACUUGAGCAGCAUAACCGAGGUGACUGCUGCGUCUGGCAGGGAUUGUGACUUUCUAUACCUACAUAUAAUCCCCGAGAAGGGGAGCGAUAUUCCAGGCCGUCUGACGAUUAAAACCUUUUUAGAGCCUUUGAGAUUACUUCAACGACGGUUGAAUUUCCUCGUUAACAAUGCAACUUCAGAGGAGCCCGCUACCUUGGAAACCGUUCUCAAGACCCUUAUUAGGAUGGAGCAGGAAGGACCAACAAGAAAUCCAAGCAUGGAUAGUUGGGAAGACAUGUCUUUGAGUAAUUCCGCAGAGGGCUCGGGCGUCGGGAAGGCAGAGAAGUUAUUGAAGCCCGGAAUUUAUGUGGACAAAACUCUUGAAGUGGAUCAGGGUGACUCGAAGCAAUAUGUCGAUGCGCCUCGAUUUAGGCUACCUGCUCAACCAGUCGAAUACGUUCCGCAAGGUCGACUAUACCCCAGUGCAGAAAAGUACUUUGAUAUCAGCCCGAAAGCAUUAUUUCAUGUUCUUUUUGGAGAUAAAAGCCCAGUAUGGCAAUUCCUUCAACUCCAGAGACGGGCUCAAAAUAUCGAACAGAGCGUUUGGUCUAACGCGGAAUCGGCUCAUAUGAGGCGCCAUUUUGAGUAUCAGAUUGAGGUCGCAGACUUUUUCGGCCGUCCUCAUCUCACCCGUGUAUCUGAUUACCAGAUCGUGGACGUUCUCAAUGAUCAUCUGUGCUACGUUAUAACCGACAAACGCACCCCUUGGCAUCUUCCCUUUAAGGGGCAGUUUCAGCUCGUUGGCAAGGUUGUGAUAACACAUGUUGCAAAGUCAAGAUGCAAACUGGCUAUCUUCACAAAAGUUGAUUGGUUAUCCAAGCCUUAUCUAAUGCAAUCUAUUAUCGAGCGAGAAGCGAUGAAGGAUCUUGAACAGGAUGCCCUCGAUUUGAUCGACCUUGCUUCCGACCAAGUCAAGAAAUUGGGUCAUCAUCACAUAACCAAAAAGGCAGUGUCGAUGUUUGGAAAUAUUGGCCAGGAGACGCAAGCUUUCAAGCUAACUUCAGAUUCGUUAGCGCUGAAUCCAAGGUCUCAAGUUCGUCGCCCGUUGAGGCAAAGUGGACUUCUGCCUCUACUCCUCGAAACUACAGGUUCGUUUUUGCAGAGUGCUAUUUCUUCCCUGAUGAUUUGGUUUUGGGCUCUUCUGCGCUGGAUAUGGAAGACGUCCAAUGCGAACCGGGUUAUCCUGUCACUGUUAAUUUGCAGUGUUGUCUUCAACGGGUUCUACUCGUAUCGUGAUACAUUUGACUGGUGGCAUGAACGAAAUGCUAGCAAUUUUAUGGCGCGCUUGGGCGUUCGACCAAACAAUAUCCUCACGAAGGCAGUGUAUGUCAAGGAUAUUGAUAACGCGAUUGUCAAUGAUGGAGGUGUCCAAUCUAACACGAGUUCCUGUAUUUCAAGAGAACAACCUACAUACAGCGAACGAUGGCGGCCUUGUCCCUACGGACACACCCAGGAAAGCAAACAGCCCAGCAUAUCGUUUUCAGCGUACAAGGCAAAGACUGGGCUCGUACCGCCACGAUCUUCUUGUAGCGUUGAAGGUUGUCAAUAG